AUGUUAUCGAAGACGGUGGUGUUGUGGGACCUCAACACCUGUCCGGUUCCCGCUGAUAUUGAACCUGGUCGUGUCCGACAGAGAAUAGAAUCGGCGUUGGUAGACUACAUAGGUGAACCUCGUGUGUUCACUUUCUAUGCCCUUGGCAACCUAGAAUAUAUCUCUGAUGGCCUCUUGAAAGAGAUCUCAUCCUCUGGAAUCCUUCUUAGACACGCCCCCUUCGGUGGGAAUAGCGUGAGAAAUCUGUUGAAGGAUUGGAAAUGGCCUAAUCUACCUCCGGAUGAACUAUUGCUUAUAUCGGGAACUCCUUCGUGGUAUCAUAACUUUGGGAUGAAAAGCACAAUCAUUCGUGCACAUCCAGACCAUUUGCCACCACUCGAUCUUUUGCCACCAGGGGCAAGCAACAUCUUGGUCUGGGAAGAAUUACUGCAAGGUGGGAAUUCAGCUUUACACGAGAUAAGCAGCCAUACAGAUUAUGAAGGACCUCCCGCGAUUUGCACUGUAUGCAGUAUUGAUUUCGAAAGCUGUGUUGAACUCAUCCAUCAUCUCAAGACUGAAGAACACAUGGCUGAGGUGUUGGAAUGGGUGCCUAAUGACGAGAAUGGGAACCCUCUCUAUUUUUGCCAACUUUGCAACUAUCCUGGCUACGACCAAUACAAUAUGUUCAUCCAUUACCACAGUGUAGAACAUGAACACAAGGUGGAGAAGAACAACCUCCUUAAUGACACGUUUCGUUACGCUAGUGAAGAGGCUUCCACUCCUAUAACUCUGCCAGUUGUUGAAUCUGGUUUUAAAAGAACCACGUUCACGAAGACGGUCGUGUUGUGGGACCUCGACACAUGUCCGGUUCCCGCUGAUAUCGAACCUGGUCGUGUCCGACAGAGAAUAGAAUCGGCAUUGAGAGAAUACUUGGGUGAAACUCGUCAGUUUUCCUUCUAUGCACUUGGAAACCUAGAACAUAUCUCUGAUGACCUCUUGAAAGAGAUGUCAUCCUCUGGAUUCCUUCUUAGACACGCCACCUCCGGUGGGAGUGACGUUGGCCAGAUGAUGGCCGAUUGGGGAAUGUGUUAUCAACAUCUACCUCCGGCUGAAUUAAUGCUUAUAUCGGGUGAUCCUUGGUGGUAUAUGGACCCUAGGCUUAAAUACAUGGAAAGCGUUAUUCUUUGUGCACAUCCAAAGGAUUUGCCACCAUCCGGCAAACAUGUGUGUCUGGGAAACACGUGGGUCUGGGAAGAGUUACUGGAAGGGGAUGAUUCAGUAUUGCACGAGAUAAGCAGCCAUACAGAUUAUGUAGGACCUCCCGCGGUUUGCAGAGUAUGCAAUAUUGAUAUCGAAAGCUGUGUUGAACUCAUCAAUCAUCUCAAGACUGAUGAAGAACACAUAGCUAAGGUGUCGAGAAAGGGGGCCUAUUGA